AUGAUAAAAGAUAACCAAGUGAACACAGAUCUCAGGGUCAAUGUUUCUGCUCCAAGGGGAGGUGAUAAGGAGAUGCAGAGAGAAGUCAACACAUCGACAAAAAAAUUGGUGAACUGUAACCAGAACAUAUCCAGCCAGCAGUCCUCUACGGGUAUAAUAAUGAGUUCCAGCUUCCCGAACCGUUACCCCUCAACCACCAGGUGUCACUACAUAUUUAAUGGUACUGCUGAAGAGCGUGUUCAGAUCCGAUUUACUAACAUGGACCUGUUCUACUCUGGUGGAAAUAAGGAUGAUCCAAGAGAUUGCAGCCAAAAGGAUUCUAUAACAGUGUACGACAUUCUUGGAAAUGUUGAGACAGAAAUUGAUGUGUUCUGCGGGGCCAAAGUUCCUCCUCAACUGAUGUCUAGUGGCCCCUACCUAAAGAUUGUCUUUAAUUCCAAAGCCCACAUAGAUCACGUCCGCUUCUCAGGAUUCCGCUUCUUAUACAACUUCAGAUCAGAUUAUGGAAUCAGUACAGGAAUACAGGAAAGACGAGGAGCUUGUUAUUUUAAAUAUGAAAGCAAACAAAACAAGACUGGAAGAUUUGUCUCUCCCAACCAUCCAGGACUUUAUCCCAAGGCUACAACAUGUCAUUACAUAUUCCAUGGAGAAGCAGAUGAAAAAGUCCGCAUUUUGUUCCAGUCAUUCGAAGUUCAUGGCAAAUAUCCAAGAUGUCUUACUGAGGUAGGCAGUGAUUAUGUGUCCUUCUCCAACUUCUACGGAGUAGAGGAUCGGGACAUGCCUCGAUUAUGUGGUGUAUUAAAACCAGAGUCCACGUUUAUUGAAUCUGACAAUGAUUUUCUGACUGUGGUGUUCAAGUCAAAUAUGCAGCAGGAAAGUUCAGGUUUCGAGGCACAUUACACUUUCUUCAAAAAAGAGAUACCUCCAGAUCCUUCCAACACUCCCCAGAGGUUUAAUGACGCUAUUAUGUGGUCCAGUAACCUGGCAACUAUUGUUCUGUUGCUUAUAGUUUUUGUGAUAGCAAAACAAUCGUUAACGGCAGACUCCUGAUCCAGCAAAACACGGUCCUAGGUUUCCAGGGGAACAAAUUCUGUGAUAUCUUCAGUGAAACGCUGCAUCAAUGACAUGUCACUCGGAGAAGGACAUGUCACCCCGAGAAGGACAUGUCACCCCGAGAAGGACAUGUCACCCCGAAGAGGAUAAGGAUAUACAUGGCAGUCAAGUUUGAUUUUAUUAAUAACGGAAAAAUACUCAAAUUCAAAAAUGAUUCUACGACUAGAAAGGGAAAUAUCUAUUCCACUGACAAAUACUCAAUAAAAAUGUUCUAAAGAUAAUACAGAAAAGGAGAUAUUGUUCCGAUAUUGAAGGAAGAUAACUCUAUUUCAAUGUUAGGAACAGGAAGAUGGCAACAGAAAUAAUACAAUAGGACACAGCGUUGUGUGGUCAUACCCAUUGGUCACAAUGGUGAUGACCAUUCAUUUCACGGUUAAUGUGUGGUCAUACCUAGAUGACCAUUCAUUUCACGGUUAACAUUGAGAUAGGACUCUACACUGUUGGAAUAGCAGUGCACCUGAAUAAUGCAUGUGUUUGGACGGGAUUGUGGAACAUGUUUGAAAUAUAGCAAUAUUUUGAAAUACAUUCCUGACAUAUUUAACAAAGCUAACACCCAAAACAUACAUGUAUCUUUGUGUGUGUGAAGUUUCCAUUUGUUUGGACAGCCAAAACAACAUUAUCCAAAAUAGAUGGAAAAAUAUUUCCACAAGACAAGUUGUGUUUUUCCAGGAUAUGGACCAGAGUUGUCACCUAAAGUGACACUGCAAUAUAAAUCAGGAUUGUUACCCGAUCAUUUUCAUCAUAUAACGAUAUAAAAUACUGUCUGUUGCCUUUAAUCAUAGUUUCAACGUUAACCAAUUCAUGUCUCUACCUCAUGCUCUCAAAAAACCAUCUGAUCUUUGUAUUAUAUAUCAUCCGUCACUGCAUCGUUUACGUAUUGUGAAAUCACAAUACAACAGUAUGCUGUAAGAUAUGCCAUAUUCUGUAGUAUAAAACAAUGUUAAUUUUAAUUGAUAAUAAUUUGGAAUAUCCAGUGAUAAAAUAUGUAACCUUAUAUACAAUUUUCCUUACCUGGAUGUUUUGCCUCUAAAUCUUUAUAGCAGUUUGUUUUUCAUUAAUUUGUUUUUAGGUCACCUCAGACCUAAGAGGCCCAGGUUUAUGAUAUUGGGUCAGUAGCAUGCUUUGAUAGCACACUGAAAAUUUUGUCAAGGUCAUAGGGUGAAAAAUGUUCAAGGUCAUAGAGUCAAAUGUGUUCAAUUCAAAAACAGCAACUAUCAGUAUGUAUUUCAGAAUUCAAAUGACAGAAAAUACAACUCUCUGAAUUCUUUGAAACUUUCCCAAUUUUUUUCUGUCGAAAAUAUGUUGUUAAGGAAAUUAUCCAGUCAAACCUUUCUUUAGGUUCUUUUUUUCCUUAUGAAUUGCUUGAUUAAUAUGAAACUGAACAGAGUCAGUCAAAAGCUUCAUAAAUAGCUGAAGUAAUUUUUUGUUAAAAAAAAAAAAGUCACAGAUUAAAGUUGUGCCAUAUUUAUAUUGUAUAUACUAAGCUUGUUAGCUAGACAUAGUCAGCCUCCGCAUAUGUGGAAUCAGUCUCUUCGUAUGUGGAAACUCCUUCAUGUGAAUUACGCAGAUAAGCUUCAAAGUUCACAUUUCAACAUAUGAUGUAAUGGAAAUAAUUUUCCCCUGAUAUUGAUAACAUAAUAUUCCGCGAAAUAUGUAUGGUUUUGGGUAGUGUGGCAGUUUUCAUUGAUGUAUGUGUUAUGAAGAAGUUGGUGUAUAAAUGUUUGUUACAUAUAGAAUAAUGUUAAAUGUUUUAUAUCAUCACAUUUCUUACAGCUAUAUUAAUAAUGUGUAUAUCUACUUGCCAUACAGUUGAAAGUUUGACAUGUACAUGUAGUUACAAAAGUUGUGUUUUCUAUAGCUACUGUUUAGGAAUUUGAGAGAGUUUAAUACUAUCAUCGUUAAAAAUGUGUGAGUGUUUCUUCACUGUUUCAAUGUUGCGAAAAGUUUGCUACAGUGGUGGCGAAUAUUUAUUUUUUUCAAUCAUGAACAAAGUGUCCGGUAAAUUAGAGCUUUUUUGUUAAUUAUUGUAAAUACAUGAAGGUGUGUGUAGUUAUUUAUAUAAAAUGUGACACUAUUCAGAACUUUGUCAAAUAAAUGACAUUGGAAAUAGUGUGAUACUGUUUGAAUUGUAUUUAUGGAGGUAGUGUAAUAUCCCACCACAAUAGACCAUUGUUAUGGAGGUAGUGUAAUAUCCCACCACAAUAGACCAUUGUAUUUAUGGAGGUUGUGUAAUAUCCCACCACAAUAGACCAUUGUUAUGGAGGUAGUGUAAUAUCCUGCCACA